AGUUUCAGAAAUUCGUUAAAAAUGGUCUCAAAUGAGCAGCUCGCCGAGCAAUUCGUCAAAUUGUAUGGUAUUGAGCCAGAAGUUCGUGUCACGUGUCCGGGCCGUGUUAAUUUGAUUGGCGAGCAUAUCGAUUACCAUGACUAUGGUGUCUUCCCAAUGGCCAUCGACGCGGCGACCACAAUUCUGGCCGCAAAAAACGACACGAAUUCGAUAGUUUUUUCGAAUUUCGACUCAAAAUACGAAUCAUGGAGCUCACCAAUUCCAUGCCCAUGGAAAGGAUGUACUUCACCAAAAUGGUUCGAUUAUUUGCUGUGUGGAUGGAGGGGAAUUAUGAAUAGAGAAGAUGGACAAGAACAAUUCGGAAUGAGCUUCUUAUUAUACGGAACUAUUCCUCCAUCUUCUGGUCUUUCGUCCAGUUCUUCGUUGGUUUGUGCGUCGGCGCUGGCCACGUUGUCGUUGAUUGUGGAUAAUGAUCCUUUUGAGCAUAUUUCUAGAAAAGACUUUGCUCAUUUAUGUAUCGAAAGUGAGCCACUAAUCGGAACACUAAGCGGUGGAAUGGAUCAAGCCGCCGAAGUUCUCGCAUCCGAAGGAACGGCUCUUCGUAUCGAUUUUAAUCCGCUUCGCUCAAAAAACAUUCAACUUCCGAGUGAUGCGGUUUUCGUCGUGGUUCAUUCGAAUACUGAACUGAAUAAGGGUGCCACGUCACAUUAUAACGAAAGGGUUAUUGAAGGACGGAUUGUUGCACAAAUUUUCAAACAAAAAUUCAAUAUCACAAGUGGCUCAUUUCGCCUCAAAGAAAUUCAAACCUUAAGCGGAAAAUCGUUCAAGGAAAUUUUGAAAAUUGUCGAGGAGCUACCGGAUGAAGUCAAUAAAGAGCAAGUUAUUGAUCUAAUUGGUGCCGAUAAAUUGGAAGAAUGUCUUACAGAGAAUACAAGAUCAUUCCAAAAAUUCAAACUCCGCCCCCGCGCUCGUCACGUGUUCAGUGAGGCCUAUCGUGUGGAACAAUUCGAAUCGGCGUGCGCCCAGAAAAACAUUCAAGAAAUGGGACGUCUAAUGAACGAGAGUCAUCGCAGUUGUGCCAUUGACUACGAGUGCAGUUGUCGGGAGCUUGACGAGAUUUGUCGGCUCUAUUUGGACCAUGGAGCUCUCGGAGCACGGCUUACCGGAGCCGGUUGGGGAGGAUGUGCCGUCGUGUUGAUGGCCGCUGAUGACGUGGAUCGGGUGGUUGCCGAGUUGCCGUCGUUGUUCGUGUCGAAGCCUGCUCAAGGAAUUCGGCUUCAACGAUUUUAAUUGUUUCUUUUUUUUGUAUUUUUGUUUUUGGAUUUAUUAAUUUUUCAACAACAAAAAAAAACAGAAAACAUAUUUUUGGGAUAAAAUUUGGAAAAAGUCAAUAAAACUUUCAUCGAUUUUU